GGGGUCAGCCACUUCCCUUCCGUACGGGAUCUCGAGGAGGUCGGAGCGGAAGGACGUCGUGGCGAUUGCUAACGCUGGGGUCCCGCACUUAGGCCGAGCUGCGUGUUUUCGUACAGCCGCGAGUUAACCUCUGCCUGCCCUAGAGGCCUGGUCCUAACCCACCUCGGCUGACGGCGCGGGAUCCCUGGCUCCGCGAGCCUCGGCUUCACCAUGUGUGUAAGGAGCUGUUUCCAGUCCUCCUGUCUCCAGUGGGCGUGGAGGACAGCCUUCCUGAAACACAUCCAGCGCAGGCACCAGGGGUCCCACCGAUGGACGCACCUUGGAGGCAGCACCUAUAGAGCAGUGAUUUUCGACAUGGGCGGAGUUCUCAUUCCUUCUCCCGGGAGAGUCGCUGCGGAAUGGGAGGUACAGAAUCGUAUCCCUUCUGGAACUAUUUUAAAGGCCUUGAUGGAAGGUGGUGAAAAUGGGCCCUGGAUGAGAUUUAUGAGAGCAGAAAUAACAGCAGAGGGUUUUUUACGAGAAUUUGGGAGACUAUGCUCUGAAAUGUCAAAAGCCUCCGUGCCUGUGGACUCAUUUUUCUCUCUGCUGACCAGUGAGCGAGUGGCAAAGCAGUUCCCAGUGAUGACUGAGGCCAUAACUCAAAUUCGGGCAAAAGGUCUUCAGACUGCAGUCUUGAGCAAUAAUUUUUAUCUUCCCAACCAGAAAAGCUUUUUGCCCCUGGACCGGAAACAGUUUGAUGUGGUCGUGGAGUCCUGCGUGGAAGGGAUCUGUAAGCCAGACCCUAGGAUCUACAAGCUGUGCUUGGAGCGGCUCGGCCUGCAGCCCUCUGAGUCUAUCUUUCUUGAUGACCUUGGACCAAAUGUAAAAGCAGCUGCCAGCCUUGGUAUUCACACCAUUAAGGUUAAUGACCCAGAGACUGCAGUAAAGGAAUUAGAAGCUCUCUUGGGUUUUACAUUGAGACUAGGUGUUCCAAACACUCAGCCUGUGAGAAAGACGAUGGAAAUUCCGAAAGAUUCCUUGAAGAAGUACCUCAAAGACUUACUGGGUAUCCAGACCACAGGCCCAUUGGAACUCCUUCAGUUUGAUCACGGGCAGUCAAAUCCAACUUACUACAUCAGGCUGGCUAAUCGUGAUCUGGUUCUGAGGAAGAAGCCCCCAGGGACACUCCUUCCAUCUGCCCAUGCCAUAGAGAGGGAGUUCAGGAUUAUGAAAGCCCUUGCAAAUGCUGGAGUACCUGUACCUAACGUUCUUGAUCUCUGUGAAGAUUCAAGUGUCGUUGGCACCCCAUUCUAUGUGAUGGAGUACUGCCCAGGUCUCAUCUACAAAGACCCUUCCCUGCCAGGCUUGGAACCCAGCCACAGGCGAGCCAUAUACACUGCUAUGAACACAGUCCUGUGCAAAAUUCACAGUGUGGAUCCCCAGGCUGUGGGGCUUGAAGACUAUGGGAAGCAAGGGGCCUAUAUUCCACGCCAGGUGCGAACCUGGGUUAAGCAGUAUCGGGCUUCUGAAACCAGCACCAUCCCAGCUAUGGAGAGGCUGAUCGAGUGGCUCCCCCUCCAUCUUCCCCAUCAGCAGAGGACCACACUGGUGCACGGGGACUUCAGGCUCGACAACCUGGUGUUUCAUCCAGAAAAGCCAGAGGUGCUUGCUGUCCUUGACUGGGAACUUUCUACCUUGGGCGACCCCCUCAUCGAUGUGGCCUACAGCUGCCUGGCUCAUUACCUACCGUCCAGUUUUCCCGUGCUGAGAGGUUUUAAUGACUGUGACUUGACACAGCUGGGAAUCCCUGCUGCAGAGGAGUAUUUCAGGAUGUACUGCCUCCAAAUGGGACUCCCUCCCACUGAGAACUGGAACUUCUAUAUGGCUUUUUCCUUUUUCCGUUUGGCUGCAAUCCUACAGGGAGUCUACUGGCGAUCACUCACAGGGCAAGCAAGCUCCGCGCAUGCGGAACAAACUGGAAAGCUGACCGAAUUUGUGUCUAACCUGGCAUGGGAUUUCGCAGUCAAAGAAGGGUUCCGGGUUUUCAAAGAGAUGCCCUUCAAAAAUCCGUUAACAAGGUCCUGCCACACGUGGGCUAGGUCCCAGUCCCAGUGGUACCCCAUAGGUACCAGGAGUUAUAGCUCCGUUCCAGAAGCUUCCCCAGCUCAUGCCUCAAGGGGAGGUCUGGUUAUCUCUCCAGAGAGCCUCUCUCCACCUGUCAGAGAGCUGUAUCACCGGCUGAAGCGCUUCAUGGAGCAGCACGUGUACCCUGCGGAGCCAGAGCUGCAGAGUCACCAGGCCUCAGCAGCCAGGUGGAGCCCCUCCCCACUGAUCGAAGACCUCAAGGAGAAAGCCAAGGCGGAAGGACUUUGGAACCUUUUUCUACCCUUGGAGGCUGAUCCUGAGAAAAAAUACGGAGCAGGACUGACCAAUGUGGAAUAUGCACAUCUGUGUGAGCUCAUGGGCACGUCCCUGUAUGCCCCCGAGAUAUAUAACUGCUCUGCACCUGACACGGGCAACAUGGAGCUGCUGGUGAGGUAUGGCACCGAAGCGCAGAAGGCUCGCUGGCUGAUGCCUCUACUGGAGGGGAAAGCCCGCUCCUGUUUUGCUAUGACCGAGCCCCAGGUUGCCUCUUCAGAUGCCACCAAUAUUGAGGCUUCCAUCAGAGAGGAGGACAGCUUCUAUGUCAUAAAUGGUCACAAAUGGUGGAUCACAGGCAUCCUGGAUCCUCGUUGCCAACUCUGUGUGUUUAUGGGAAAAACAGACCCACAUGCACCAAGACACCGGCAGCAGUCCGUGCUCUUGGUUCCCAUGGAUACCCCAGGGAUAAAAAUCAUCCGGCCUCUGACAGUGUAUGGACUGGAGGAUGCACCAGGUGGCCAUGGUGAAGUCCGAUUUGAGCACGUGCAUGUGCCCAAAGAGAACAUGGUCCUGGGCCCUGGCCGAGGCUUUGAGAUCGCCCAAGGCAGACUGGGCCCCGGCAGGAUCCAUCACUGCAUGAGGCUGAUCGGGUUCUCAGAGAGGGCCCUGGCGCUCAUGAAGGCCCGCAUACAGCCGCCCACAGCAGAAGGCCGGGAGCAAGAGAGGGGGCUGAGGAGACCUUGCUUCCACUGGAGCUGCAGGGUGAAGUCCCGCGUGGCCUUUGGGAAGCCCCUGGUGGAGCAGGGCACAGUGCUGGCGGACAUUGCGCAGUCGCGCGUGGAGAUCGAGCAGGCACGGCUGCUGGUGCUGAGAGCUGCCCACGUCAUGGACCUGGCAGGAAACAAGGCUGCAGCCUUGGAUAUAGCCAUGAUUAAAAUGGUCGCCCCAUCCAUGGCCUCCCGAGUGAUUGAUCGUGCGAUUCAGAGACAAGGGCUCACCCAGGGCCGCCUCCCUCCACCCUGUGUCUGCCAGGCCUUCGGAGCGGCGGGCCUGAGCAGCGACUACCCACUGGCUCAGUUCUUCACCUGGGCCCGAGCCCUGCGCUUUGCCGACGGCCCUGACGAGGUGCACCGGGCCACGGUGGCCAAGCUAGAGCUGAAGCACCGCAUUUAGAGGCUUGGGGCUGCAGGAGCCCAGUGUCCUGGUUGGACCAGCCAUGCUCAGAUCUGUCACUGACGUGCCUUGAAAGAUCCAGUGUGUGUGGCUCCUGCACCCUGCUCAGCAGCUCUGUCCCAGGACAGUCAGGGUGCACUCAAGCUUUCUGGUUCUCCACAGAAGACAUCUCUGCAAGAAGCCUAAAGUCUGUUUCAGGCCAGGAGGAGGGGAUUUGCUGAGGGCCAAGGGGGUUCCAGGACAGAGUCUGGAAAGCUGGUCUUCAGGCUCUCAGUCCCGGGCUGGGCAGGCACGGUCACUUCACUUCAGCCUCUCAGUCCCUCUCUCUGCCUGUGGGGAUCUGGACACAUUUUGGGAGGUCUCCCGAAGGCUGUGGGACAUGCUUGCUCUGGCAGCUGCAGGGUUCCUGUCUGGCCUCCCUGGUGAGCAGAGGGGUGGCCACGAUGGGCAGCGGCCUGGAGACCCAGGGCCUGAGCGCCUGGGAAAAUGGAAUGCAACCCACAUUGUAAAGCCACUGGCAUCUGAUUAUCUCCAUUUGAACACACAGCACAGAACACUCAUUUAAAUGUUGUUUUGGAAAGGGGUUUUGGGAUCACAAAAGAAUAAGAAAACACAUCUCAGAGG